CUUUGCACUUCGAUAUGACCCCAAGGGCUAAUCAAUAAAGGACUCAAUGUCAAUGACUUAGGGUGGUGUGUAAUCGAUCCAUUUUGGUGCAUUAACAAAUCAUGGUUUAACACACCAUGAGAAUUCAGAUACCAUCUUUUUUUUAGGAAUGCCCCAAUGUCCCAACUGGUCAAGGAUUUCCUCCACAGCCAAAUUGUACAAUCUCCCAUUGAACUCUACACGGAUUGGCUCAAUGUGGGACAUGUAGAUGAAUUCCUCACCUUCGUACCUGCCCCAGACCGGAAGGGUUUCCGCAUGCUGCUGGCCAGCCCAAACGCCUGCUAUAAACUGCUGGAAAAGAAGGAAAAGGAAGGCUACGGGAAAGCCAAAAUGCCUGACGGAAUUGAAUCUACAGGAAGUGGUUGGCAGCCCCGUCCCAUAUCAGAAAUCAUUGCCGACAAAUUCUUAAGAGAGUGGAAUGGACACUGCCAA